CCGAUCCUAGGUUUUUUCCGCUUUGAUAUCUAAUUCUUCCCUGUUCGUGUUCUGGUCUGAGGUUCCUGGGUUCUGAAUCGUGCUCCAGGUUGUCUUGUACUUAUUUUCCUUAAAAUGUCCAAUUUCCAAGUGGACGACGAUGAGUACAUGGAAGACAUAGAUGAUGAUGUGGAAGAUAUUGAUGAUGAUAUGGAUGAGGAGUUCCGUGGUGACGAUAUGGGUGCGUCAGAUUCUGAUAUUGACGAAUAUGACUACUCGAAUAAUAAAAUAGCGGAUACAACUGCAGAGCAAGCUCGAAAAGGGAAAGACAUUCAGGGGAUUCCUUGGGAGAGGCUUAGUAUUACUAGGGAAAAGUACAGGCAAACUAGACUAGAACAGUACAAGAAUUAUGAAAAUGUACCUUAUUCGGCGGAAUCCUCAGGAAAAGAUUGCAAGGUCACUAACAAAGGGGGCCAUUUUUACGAGUUCUGGCGGAAUUCAAGAUCUGUUAAAUCAACUAUUCUUCACUUCCAGUUGAGGAAUUUGGUAUGGGCAACUUCGAAGCACGAUGUCUACCUUAUGUCACAUUUUCAAGUUAUGCAUUAUAAUUCUUUAUCAACUGCAAAAUCUGAAGUUCUCAAUGUCUCAGGUCAUGUUGCACCAUCUGAGAAACAUCCUGGAAGUUUGCUGGAAGGAUUUACACAGACUCAAGUUAGUACACUUGCAGUGAAAGAUAGAUUUCUUGUUGCCGGUGGAUUUCAAGGAGAAAUUAUUUGCAAGCAUCUUGAUAGACCCGGUGUCAGCUUUUGCUUGCGUACGACUUAUGAUGAUAAUGCUAUCACCAAUGCUGUUGAGAUAUAUUUCAAACCAAGUGGUGCACUUCAUUUUACUGCUUCAAAUAAUGACUGUGGAGUCAGAGACUUUGAUAUGGAGAAGUAUCAGAUUGUUAAGCAUUUUCGUUUUCCCUGGCCGGUGAAUCACACGUCUCUGAGCCCAGACGGUAAACUACUGACUAUCGUGGGAGACAACCCGGAGGGCCUUUUGGUAGACUCCAACACGGGAAAGACUGUAGCAACGUUAUCGGGACACACGGAUUUUUCCUUUGCCUCUGCAUGGCAUCCAGACGGUCUGACGGUCUCCACGGGAAACCAGGACAAGACCUGCAGGGUGUGGGAUGUGCGUAAGCUGUCAGAAUCCGUCGGUGUCCUGAGGGGCAACCUGGGAGCGAUCAGAUCCAUCCGCUAUACAUCGGAUGGAAAAUACAUGGCAAUGGCUGAGCCAGCGGACUUUGUGCACGUGUUUGAUGUGAGAAAUGGGUACGAGGGAGAGCAGGAGAUAGACUUCUUCGGGGAGAUAUCAGGAAUAUCGUUCAGCCCGGACACAGAGAAGCUAUUCGUUGGGGUAUGGGACCGUACAUAUGGUAGCCUGAUGGAGUACAGCCGGCGAAGGAACUACUCGUACCUUGAUUCAUUCCUUUGAGAACCCAGAACUUGGAAGAAAAACACCGUCCGAGGAAAGAAAAACAUACUCCAUUUUCACUCUGAAGAAACGCGAUUUCUCGUAGGUGUGGUGAAUGAGAAGCCAACCAGAAUUG